AUUCACAGUUUGUAUUGCGCAAAUAUGUCGUACAUUGUAUUAAAGUUUAUAUUUUUCUGUUCAAUCUUUAUAUUAAUUAUACAAGCAAAUAUUGUAGUGGAAAUUGAAAAUGGUAAAAUAUUAGGUGAAAUUUUAUUUGAUUAUGACAAUGAAAAAUUCUACGGUUUUCAAUCCAUACCAUAUGCUGAACCACCAAUUAAUGAACUAAGGUUUAAGGCACCUCGCAGGGCUAAAUCAUGGAAUGGAAUUCUGAAUGGAACAAUACCUCCUCCAAUAUGCCCGCAAUUUUAUUAUGAAGAUCUUGUGGGUCAGGAAGAUUGCCUCUAUCUAAAUGUGUACACUAAAUCAAUUGAUAAGAAAAGUAAACAACCAGUAAUGGUUUAUAUUCAUGGCGGUGGUUAUUUUGUUGGCUCGGGAAAUUCAUUGUCAUAUAGUCCCGAAUUCCUUAUGACUGAAGACAUUGUUCUGGUGACUGUGGAUUACCGUUUGGGGUACCUGGGCGCGCUAAGCUUUGAAGAUCAAACUCAAGGUGUUCCUGGCAAUGCCCAUUUGAAAGAUCAGGUAAUGGCACUCGAGUGGAUACGAGACAAUAUUGAACAUUUUGGCGGAGAUCCAAAUUUGGUUACUAUUUUUGGUGAAAGCGUGGGUGGUGCAAGUGUGCACAUGUUAAUGUUAUCACCGAUGUCUAAAGGACUUGUUCAUCGAGUCAUUGCUCAAAGUGGCUGUGCUUUAAACACAUGGAAUCGUGGAAAUCUUGGAACUGGUAGUAAAAUUGCAGAAAUAUUUGGAAUCGAAGAUAAUUCAACAGCUGAUAUAAUCAAAAAACUGCAACAAAUACCAAUGGAGGAAUUUGUUACAAAAACACAAUCCUCAGGAGAAUUGGGCGUGAGAGUUGAUAUUCCUGGAGAUUUUUCGCCAGUGAUUGAAACACAAACCAACGAACCAGCAUUCAUUCCAAAACCAAUUAUAGAAAUGAUUUCAGAAGCGAGCAAUAAUGUCCCACUGAUGUUAGGUCAUAACAACAAUGACACAUUAAUUUUUCAAGUUCAACGACGUCUUUACACUGGAGCUGCUUUUAUAUUCGAAGAUCUUAACGAAACUAUUCCGUCUGAUCUUGAUUUAUCAAAUGAAGAACGACUAGAUUUACUCGCAUCAAUUGAAGAUACUUUCUUCGAAAACGAGCAAAUUAACCUAUCAACUAACAUUGGAGCUAUUUCUGAGUACGGUUUAGGUCCUUGGUUUGUUACUGGAUACUUACAAUCAAUUCAACAACAUCUUGCAGCUAAUCACAAUGUUUAUCUCUAUAAAUUUUCAUCAGACACUAUUUUGAAUUUCUUUAGACGCAUGCAUCCUGUCACAGCUACAUAUCAAGGAGCAUGUCAUAUGGACGAGUUGGGUUAUUUGUUUAGAACACCGUAUGCGCCAUGUUUUAAGCGUGAUUCUUUAGAAGAAAGAAGUUUUCGUCAAGCUGUUAAAGUUUGGACUAAUUUUGCACGUUAUGGAAAACCUGCAUCUAAGGAAGAUGCGUUUGAAUCUAUUAAAAUAACUGAUUCAAAUGACAUUGCUUACAUAAAUAUUAUUAAUGAUAAAGUGGUGAAUGGUAACGAACCAAAUAAAAAGGUUUGGGACUUUUGGCGCAAUGUUUAUCAAACAUAUAAACGAGUUUCAAAUUGAGGUUUAUCAUGCAAUUAAUGAAAAUAGAAUCUACUGUUAAAAGUGAAAAUAAAAGUUUUCUAAAUA